UGUUUUUUGAUCGGUAAUAAUGAUAAUAACAACUUACUGAAUUUUGAUUAACUAAAGCUUCUUACACAGCUAUCCGCAACCAAAAUACCUACAAUAACAAAUCGUCAUCGCUAUUAUUAUUCUCGACCCUGUGUCUGCUGUGUGUCCUGUGACUCGACUGACCUUACAACCUCGACUUAUCAAGUCACCUUUUUUUUUUCUGCUUGUCACCCUGGUUGCCGCACUUGUUCCCCACCUCGAAAUCAAAAUUGACAACAUCCGUCCGAUUCCACCGUAAUGUCUCGUGCUUCCGCAGCUCCGCCGCCGAUGCCUCCCAUAGCCCAACCCAUUGCUAUCCCCGUAGAGCCCUCCCUUUGGGACCGCUUUACCAAUUGGGCAUCUGAGAACAAAGCGCUUGUUUAUACCAUUGCUGGUGUAGCUGUUGUCGUCACUAGUGCUGGUGUGGUCUACUAUCUCAAUGGCGAUGCCCAAAAGUCGAGGUCUGCUUCGCAAAGUAAACCCAGCAAGAAGGAGAGGCGGAAACGAAAGGAGGCAGAGCGCCAGGCCGAAGCAUCCAGAACUGUCCCAGCAGGUGAACAAGCGAAGGCCCCAACAGUAGAAGCGGCCGAUGAAUUACCCGAGAUCAACGAGACCACUGUCGCUACCUUCACUGAUGAGCAGCGCCGCGACUAUGCCUUGCAGUUAAAGAACGCUGGAAAUAAAGCUUACGGCAGUAAAGACUAUGACAGAGCUAUUGAUCUCUACUCCAAGGCCAUCCUCUGCAAACCAGACUCUAUCUUUUAUUCCAAUAGGGCUGCCUGUUACAACGCCCAAUCUGUCUGGGAUAAGGUCGUCGAGGACACCACCGCCGCUAUCAGCCUCGACCCUACAUAUGUAAAAGCUCUGAACCGAAGAGCUAAUGCUUAUGAGCAUCUAUCUCAGUUCAGCGAAUCGCUCCUGGAUUACACUGCUAGCUGUAUUAUCGACGAGUUCAAGACCGAAUCCAGUACCAAUGCUGUCGAACGAUUGCUGAAGAAGGUUGCCGAGCAGAAGGCUGAGGAAAUCAUGAAGUCCAAGGAUCCCAACAAGCUACCCAGCCCUACCUUCGUCUCCAAUUAUAUCCAGAGUUUCCGAGCGAAGCCACGUCCUGAGGGUUUGGAGGAUGACGUGGAGUUGCCGGAAUCAACUGGGAAAGGGCAGCUGCAAAUCGGAUUGAAAGCCAUGGAGAAGAAAACUCACGAAGGUUACGAAGAAGCCGCAAAUGCGUUCGAAAAGGCUCUGGAACUUGGCGAUCUGGAUAAGCACGAGGCACUUGCUUACAACCUACGGGGUACAUUUAGAAAUCUACGUGGGGCGCAAGAGGAAGCUUUGCAGGAUAUGGACAAGAGUAUUGAGCUCGAUCCGUCGUAUACUCAAAGCUACGUCAAGCGUGCAAGCAUGCACUUGGAAAUGGGUGACCGAGCCAGUGCUGCUGCAGACUUAGAGCAGGCUUUGAGCCAAAACGAUAGCGAUCCGGACAUCUAUUAUCACCGUGCGCAGUUGCACUUUAUCCACGGCGAAUUCCAAGAUGCUGCUAAGGAUUACCAAAAGUCGAUCGAUCUCGACUCUUCCUUCAUAUUCUCACAUAUCCAGCUUGGUGUAACGCAAUACAAGAUGGGCUCCGUGGCAUCCUCUAUGGCGACGUUCCGUCGGUGUGUUAAGAACUUCGACAAGGUGCCCGAUGUGUACAACUACUACGGAGAGCUUCUCCUCGACCAGAGCAAGUAUGACGAAGCCAUUCAGAAAUUCGACACCGCUAUGGAGAUGGAAAAGCAGACGAAGCCUUUGGCGAUGAACGUAUUACCCCUUAUUAACAAGGCCCUGGCUGUCUUCCAACAGAAGUCGGAAUUUGCGGAAGCAGAAAAGUUAUGCGAGAAGGCGUUAAUCAUUGAUCCUGAAUGCGAUAUUGCCGUUGCUACAAUGGCGCAACUCCUCCUUCAACAGGGCAAGAUCACGGAGGCACUUAGGUACUUUGAGCGUGCAGCUGAGCUUGCUAGAACACCUGGGGAGAUCGUCAAUGCGCUUUCAUACGCCGAGGCUACGCGGACACAGAUCCAAGUCCAAGAAAAGUAUCCUCAAUUAGCGGCUAAGCUUCAAGGAAUGGGCGCGGGUGCUCCCAGCAUGGGGGCCGGCGCAUUCGCGGGCGGCCGCUAGACCAUAGCAUUGAGCAGUUAAUAUACGCAUCCUUUCACACCAAAGGGUAUCACGGAGCGACUCUACUCACCCCGGAUUUACUAGGAAAUGUUUUGGAAGUUGGGCAAAUCAUAUUUCGGCUUCAUACGGAAACCACUACUAAAAGCGCCUGGAGGUCGGUCUGCAUACGUUUGCCCCCGAGACCUAGAGAACCUGAAGGUCCAAACGACGAAUCGUUAGUAAUUUGCCGUCGUCAUCCUGCUCACUGUACCCAGUAUUGUACAUAAUUUAUACCUCCCUCUCCUUAUUGUCAAAAAGAAAAAAGCCCGGCCAUGCAUGUCUUGUCAUAUGAGCUGAGGCGGCCGGGCUUUGUCGCCACACCCGCACGCACGCACGCACGCACGGUAUUGGUCAGUUGUUUCUAUAAAAAGGGGGCUAGCGAUUGUGGGUCGUCGCCCCUUAUACAUAGGGGAGAGAGACCUGCGACUACUAGGGGGAAACGGAAUCAGGUUUCAGUGACGGUUUAAUGAGAGAGUUCAUGGGGCCACGACUUUCUGGGAUGAUGAAGUAUAUCAGGCGAACCAAAAUAUAUAACCCAUUCACUAAACACUAAACUAAAAAUAUAUAUUUCCACGUACUCGUUGUGAGA